AUGCUGUCAGGACUCUUUAAACCCCCAAUUCUUAGUCUCUGCCGACUCCACAUUGGCAGCGACCUGCAGCAUGGGCUGGAGAAGCGGCGGGCACGCCUCGUCGGCAGCCAGGAAGGCGUCCUGGAGAAGCAGCAGUCUGAGGGGGGCGGCAUGGAGAACAAGUGGCAGAGAAAGCUCCCGACAACUGGCUCCACAGCCCCGGGGCCUUCUGAGUCCUGGAGGCUGGAGCACCCCUGCUCUGAGGAGGACUGUGAGGUGCACCUCGGGAAGAGGCCUGCACCCUGGGCCUUCCCGCACGCCUCUGAGGAGGCCAGUCCUCUGGACAUCGAGUCAAACCCUGUUCACUGCCCCGUGGUCGGGCCCGGGGAAGCCCAGGGAGGCCUGGCGCAGUGGUACGCGGCUGCCCGACUCCCAGCGCAGGCUCAUCCACCGUCCAAACUCCCGUGGGAGGUCGACAGCUCCGCCUGUGGUGCCGUGAGCGUGCCCAGGCGGCAGCCUGGGAGUCCUGAAGAAAUCCACUGCGCCCCCAGUGUGAACGUUCAGAGCCUGGCGCUAGGCGACCCCCCACCCCCCGCAGUCUGGAGCCUCGCAGCCCCCAGCCUCACCCUGUUUCCAGAGUCUGGGGCCCAGAGGCUGCCCCAGACCUGCGCCCACACCAUGCAGUUAAAGGGUGCUGAGGACAGAGUGCUGGAGCUGGAAGAGGACCCCUUACUGGAGUCGAGAGUGCACUCCCGGCGGCCACUGGAGAAGAAUGAAGAACCUUGUGAACUCGACGGAAAACCCGCCAAGUGCCUCAGCUGCCCCGCCGGCCGUGGGCCUGCCGUGCCCUCUUCCGCCCCCCCAGGGGGCAUUCUGAUGCGCACACAGGUGCUCCAGCGGGCCGCGCCCGUGCCGAGCCCCCGCCCCGCCUCCCACGGGUGCACCCCGACGCGGGGACAGACACCUGAGAGCCCCGACGGGCAGCCGCUGCUUCCUCAGACGGGCAGGCCCUCACGCUCUUGCCUCCCACCCACAGGGGACUCGUGGGGGGUGCUAGCGUGCCUGUGCGCCGUGCUCUGGCACCUCCCUGCGGUGCCAGCCCUCAACCGCACGGGGGACCCCGGGCCUGGCCCCUCCAUCCAGAAAACCUAUGACCUCACCCGAUACCUGGAACACCAGCUCCGCAGCCUGGCUGGGGCCUAUCUGAACUACCUGGGUCCCCCCUUCAACGAGCCUGACUUCAAUCCGCCUCGGCUGGGGGCGGAGACGCUGCCCAGGGCCACGGUCAACUUGGACGUGUGGCGAAGCCUCAACGACAAGCUGCGACUGACCCAGAACUACGAGGCCUACAGUCACCUUCUGUGCUACCUGCGCGGCCUCAACCGGCAGGCGGCCACGGCCGAGCUGCGCCGCAGCCUGGCCCACUUCUGCACCAGCCUCCAGGGCCUGCUGGGCAGCAUCGCGGGCGUCAUGGCGGCGCUGGGCUACCCGCUGCCGCAGCCCGGGCCCGGGGCUGAGCCCGCCUGGGCCCCCGGCCCUGCCCACAGUGACUUCCUCCAGAAGAUGGACGACUUCUGGCUGCUGAAGGAGCUGCAGACCUGGCUGUGGCGCUCCGCCAAGGACUUCAACCGGCUCAAGAAGAAGAUGCAGCCUGCGGCGGCCGCCGUCACCCUGCGGCUGGAGGCCCGAGGCUUCUGA